AUGCCGGCUCCCUUCGCCCCUGACUAUGCCUCCUACAACUGGACCGGCUCCCCGUCCAACUUCACCCUCUCCACAAAUGCUGCUUUGGGUGGUGACUCGCGAGUUGAGAAUGUCAACAAAUGGUUCCAGCCAGGCGACCAGGCCUACAUUCUGGUAGCCUCUGCCAUGGCAAUGGUCAUGGUCCCCGGCCUUGGUUUCCUAUACUCCGGCCUUGCCCGCAGAAAGUCGGCUCUUAGCAUGAUAUGGGCCUGCAUGGCCUCCAUGUCCGUCAUCAGCUUUCAGUGGUACUUCUGGGGCUACUCCCUUGCCUUCUCCCCCACUGCCACAAACGGGUUCAUUGGCAAUUUGCACAACUUCGGCCUCAUGACUACCCUGGCUACUCCCAGUCCGGGCUCUCCCCUUCUCUCCGACCUCCUCUAUUCUUUCUACCAGCUCCAAUUUUGCGCUGUCACAGCUGCUAUAGUCAUGGGUGCCGUGGCCGAACGAGGACGCCUGCUGCCUGCUCUGGUCUUCAUUUUCUUCUGGGCUACCCUCGUCUACUGCCCCAUCACCUACUGGGUCUGGAACCCCAGCGGCUGGGCCUUCAAGUACGGCGUCAUGGACUAUGCUGGCGGUGGGCCUGUUGAAAUUGUCUCCGGUCUAUCUGCCCUGGCUUACUCCCUCGUCCUCGGCCGUCGCCACGAACGCAUGAUGAUCAACUUCCGGCCUCACAACGUCUCCCUGAUAUUGCUCGGCACCGUCUUCCUUUGGUUCGGAUGGCUGGGCUUCAACGGUGGCUCUGCAUUCGGCGCAAACCUCCGCGCCGUCAUGGCCUGCUGGAACUCCAACCUGACCGCUAGCUUUGCCGCCAUGACCUGGGUGCUUCUUGACUGGCGUCUGUCAAAGAAAUGGUCAAUGGUCGGAUGGUGUUCGGGUACCAUCUCUGGCCUUGUUGCUGCCACCCCGGCAUCAGGCUUCAUCCCGCCGUGGGCCAGCGUCAUUCUCGGAGUCGUCACCGGCUUUGUUUCCAACUACAGCACUAAACUGAAAUACUGGAUGGGUAUCGACGAUUCCAUGGACGUAUUCGCCGAACACGGAGUUGCCGGUAUCGUUGGACUAUUAUUCAACGCCUUCUUCGGAAGCGAUGCCAUCGUAGGCCUCGACGGAGUCAACGUCGGUGCCAAAAAUCCAGUCACCGGAACCCCAGUGGGCGGCUGGAUCAUCCACAACUACCGCCAACUAUACAUCCAACUAGCCUACAUAGUCGCCACGGCAGCCUACUCCUUCGUCGUAUCCGCCAUCAUCGCCUACGCCAUCAACAUAAUCCCCGGCCUCAAACUACGCGCAUCUGAACAAGCAGAGCUCCUCGGCAUGGACGACGACCAGCUCGGUGAAUUCGCGUAUGAUUAUGUCGAAGUACGCCGUGACUACCUUGCAUGGACGCCUCAGAAAAACGACCAGGAACAGGACGCGAGCGUUUCCCCAGCCAAUCUCUAUGGCUGUGGUGAACAUAGUGGAAUGUUCUCAAACUCUGCACAAGAAACAAAGAGCCAGCCUGUUUCCUCUCCUUCUCCGUCAAAGUCUUCUUCUCAGACCAACCUUCGAGACGUCACUGCAACGCCUUCGGUUGUAGGUGCGCCAGACCACCCUCCUGCCGAACAUAGCGAGCAUGUUGAGGCUGUCGAAGUCGAGUUGAGUGAAAAGCCUCGGUAG